AUGAUGGGGGCGAAAGCGGAGGGAGGGGGUGUGAAAGGCCGUGCUCGGAAACCACAACUCCAACAACACCUCCCCAUCACCUCCCCAUCACCUCCCCAUCACCUCCCCAUCACCUCCCCAUCACCUCCCCAUCACCUCCCCAUCACCUCCCCAUCACCUCCCCAUCACCUCCCCAUCACCUCCCCAUCACCUCCCCAUCACCUCCCCAUCACCUCCCCAUCACCUCCCCAUCACCUCCCCACCACCUCCCCAUCACCUCCCCAUCACCUCCCCAUCACCUCCCCAUCACCUCCCCAUCACCUCCCCAUCACCUCCCCAUCACCUCCCCAUCACCUCCCCAUCACCUCCCCAUCACCUCCCCAUCACCUCCCCAUCACCUCCCCAUCACCUCCCCAUCACCUCCCCAUCACCUCCCCAUCACCUCCCCAUCACCUCCCCAUCACCUCCCCAUCACCUCCCCAUCACCUCCCCAUCACCUCCCCAUCACCUCCCCAUCACCUCCCCAUCACCUCCCCAUCACCUCCCCAUCACCUCCCCAUCACCUCCCCAUCACCUCCCCAUCACCUCCCCAUCACCUCCCCAUCACCUCCCCAUCACCUCCCCAUCACCUCCCCAUCACCUCCCCAUCACCUCCCCAUCACCUCCCCAUCACCUCCCCAUCACCUCCCCAUCACCUCCCCAUCACCUCCCCAUCACCUCCCCAUCACCUCCCCAUCACCUCCCCAUCACCUCCCCAUCACCUCCCCAUCACCUCCCCAUCACCUCCCCACCACCUCCUCAUCACCUCCCCAUCACCUCCCCACCACCUCCUCAUCACCUCCCCAUCACCUCCCCACCACCUCCUCAUCACCUCCCCAUCACCUCCCCAUCACCUCCUCAUCACCUCCCCAUCACCUCCCCACCACCUCCUCAUCACCUCCGCACCACCUCCUCAUCACCUCCCCACCACCUCCUCAUCACCUCCCCACCACCUCCUCAUCACCUCCCCACCACCUCCUCAUCACCUCCCCACCACCUCCUUAUCACCUCCCCACCACCUCCCCACCACCUCCCCAUCACCUCCCCACCACCUCCCCAUCACCUCCUCAUCACCUCCCCACCACCUCCUCAUCACCUCCCCACCACCUCCCCACCACCUCCCCACCACCUCCCCACCACCUCCCCACCACCUCCCCAUCACCUCCCCAUCACCUCCCCAUCACCUCCUCAUCACCUCCCCACCACCUCCCCAUCACCUCCCCACCACCUCCCCAUCACCUCCCCACCACCUCCCCAUCACCUCCCCACCACCUCCCCAUCACCUCCCCACCACCUCCCCAUCACCUCCCCAUCACCUCACCUCCCCAUCACCUCCCCAUCACCUCACCUACCCAUCACCUCCCCAUCACCUCCCCAUCACCUCCCCAUCACCUCCCCAUCACCUCCCCAUCACCUCCCCAUCACCUCCUCGUCACCCAUCCCUCCCAUCCCACCUUUAUCUCGCCCGGCGCUCACCUGGGCAGCAGCGGCGUGGUAGGGCAGCAGCGCCAGCAUCUGCAUCUGCUGUGCGCGCACCCACUCCGCGCCCUCCUCGCCCGCCCCCCCUGCACCUGCGCCCAUCAUCCGCGCCAGCACGUCUGCACUCAGCCCCCCCGCCCCCGCCGUUGCCAUUGCUGCGAUUUUAUCUGCGCUCGUUCCGCCACCCCCUGCCCUCUCGCCCUCCCCUCCACCCGCGGCCGCCGUUGCACGCCCGCUGUGUUCGCCACCUGCUCCCCCCUUUCCCGCAUUCUCUUGUCUCGCAACGGGGGCGUUCUUGUCAUGCGCGGAAGGGCCGUUCCCCCCAUGCGCGGAGGGGCCGUUCCCCGCAUGCGCGGAGGGGGCGUUCCCCCCAUGCGCGGAGGGGCCGUUUCCCCCAUGCGGGGAGAGCUGCAGCGCCACUAUGGCGCGCAGAGACUCGUUCUCGCGGCUGAGGCGCGCUAUCAUGCCCCGCAUGUCCGCCAGCUGGGGGAGGCGAUCACCGCCGGGGGGGGGGGGGAGGGAGGGGGAGGGGGAAGGGGAGGGGAAAUUUCGCCAGGAGGGGAGGCGAAAUGCAGAGAGAAAUGGGCAGGAAAGUUGCAGAGGGGUGCGCACCGGGGGAAGCAGUGA